AUGGCAACCAUGGCAUCUGCUGCUCGCGAUUUUCAAGCGACCUCUGGCCGAGACAACUUAACUGCUGUAGCGGCCCAGAGUGUCCCUGUGACACGAUCUCACCCUCUCCCCCUCCCCACCCCUCCGAACUCCAUAUCUCCCGGCUUGCGACCGCACGGCUUGCGCGCCCAGUUCCUCAGGGCCAAGCUCGAGUCCGACGUGCCCGACCUGGACCUGCACGCCGGCCAGGGCGACAACAGCGCCCAGUUUGAUACUGGCGCCCACGGAAACCACGGCUCGACCCAGCACGACCCGGUCGGCGCCAUCACGCCAGCUCUGCUGUCCAAGCACCAUCUGCCGGACAUCCUGUUGAACCACGGCCCGCUUGCGAUCCGCCACAUCAUGGGAUACCUGACCACGUCGGUCCCCGGCUUUGCAGGCAUACCACCAGCCAAGGCGCGACGGCUUGUAGUAGGAGCACUGGAAGGACGAGGAAGUGGCCGCGAGGGCGGCGGUUUGGACGGUGACGUGGAAUUCGAAAAGGUCGGUUGGGGUCGCUGGGACGCACGGCGCAAGGGUCAAUCUCGGCGCGACUCGCAGGCUAUGCAUGACGCGUCUUCGUCGUACAUGUCCUCGCCGUGCCUGUCAGCCAUCCCCAUAGCAGGCGGAGCGGCGUGGAGCAACGAGCGGACGCGUCCGGCUGCGUCGAGCCCGGAAGAAUCCCUUGCCUUCUCCCACGACGACCGUGGGUUUUAUAUACACGAUAACGAUGCGGACAACAUGUCCAUGGAUGGCCCCGCCUCUGCGUCAUGCUCCGAGGCACCGGACGACGACAUUGAGAUGAACGACGACGACCCCGAGGACGUGACCGACGAGGAGGACUGGGCUGCCAUCGGAGCCGCAGGCCUGCGCGCCCAGUCCUAUUCCAGGUCGGCUCAGCCUGGGACCUUCCCUUCUCGUUUCCACAGCACGUCGUCCGGAAUGGCUCGGGCACCUCAGUUGAACAACAUCGACUUCGCUGCACUGGCAGCAACCUCUGACGCGCAGGAGCGAGAGGCUAUCGAGGCCCUAAUCCGUCUCGGUUCUGUAUAA